AUGUGCCAUGUUCCCUGCGCCGCGUCCUCCCGCUCCGGAUCCAUGGGAUGGAGUAAAUGGAGAGCUGCGGUCAACUUUGGACACCUGAAGGCGCAGUCCAAGCUGUCCGUCUUCCUUACCAUGAUCAUUCUCUUCACCUACCUGUUUUACUGCCUCAACGGAUACUGUGACUCCCUGCCCACACCUGUGUACUACGUGCACCAGACCGUCUCCCACGAUGGGCUCCAAACCGAGCAGCCCGGCGCGCAGAGCGCGUCCCCGGACUCGCUGGUCCGGAAACAGCUGUCGGACUGGUCCAGGAGCGCGGCUCCGUCCUCCAACAUGUCCAUCGCGAACAGUUUUGGUAGCAGAAAGUUCCCUCAGGCCGUCAUCAUCGGGGUGAAGAAGGGCGGCACGCGAGCGCUCCUGGAGUUUCUGCGCAUCCACCCGGACGUGAGAGCCGUGGGCGCAGAGCCGCACUUCUUCGACCGCUUCUACGACAAGGGACUGGACUGGUACAGGAGUUUGAUGCCCCGUACUUUGGAGGGUCAGAUCACCAUGGAAAAGACCCCAAGUUAUUUCGUCACCAAAGAAGCUCCCCGCCGUGUCUUCUCCAUGAGCCGCCAUACCAAACUUAUUGUGGUGGUGCGCGACCCUGUGACUCGGGCUAUUUCCGAUUACACUCAGACUUUGUCCAAAUCUCCUGGGCUUCCAUCCUUCCAGAGCCUGGUCUUCCGCAAUGCCACCACGGGGCUCAUCGAUACGUCUUGGAGCGCCAUACGCAUUGGCAUCUACGCCAAGCAUUUGGAGAACUGGCUGCGCUACUUUCCGCUCUCACGUUUCCUUUUUGUUAGUGGGGAACGCCUCGUGACGGACCCGGCUGGGGAGAUGGGCCGAGUCCAGGACUUUUUAGGGCUCAAACGUGUGGUCACAGACAAACACUUCUACUUCAACCAGACCAAAGGUUUCCCAUGCCUGAAGAAGCCCGAGGGGAGCAGCAGACCCCGCUGCUUGGGCAAGUCAAAGGGAAGACCCCAUCCUCAGAUAUCAUCUGAGGUCCUACUCAGGCUCAGAGAUUUCUACAGACCCUUCAAUCUCAAAUUCUACCAAAUGACUGGGCACAAUUUUGGCUGGAACUGA